AUGGUCAUCUCUAUGGGACCCUCGAAUGUCCUAUACGGCUUGUCAUUUCUGUUGAUCAUCGGUUUUGUGCAAUUUUCUCAUGCACUAUCCAUCCAGGCCAAGGAAGACUGCUACUGCUUCCCAGGUGAGCCAUGCUGGCCCAGCAUCUCGCAGUGGGCAGCCUUCAACCGCACGUUGAAAGGACGGCUUAUUGCCACCGAUCCAAUCGGCAGUGUUUGUCAUAGUGAUGGACCCUUCGGCGCUUACAACGCUUCAGCCUGUGAGGACCUGCGUGCAAAGUGGGACCUUACCAGUACUCACUAUGAGAGUUCCUCUUCCAUCAUGGCGGGAUUCUAUACCAACCAAAGCUGUAAUCCCUUUCUGGGCCCUUCAUCGCGCUGCAUCAUCGGAACCUAUGUGCAGUAUGCUGUUCGAGUGGAGUCAUCCACAGAUAUCCAGAAGACAAUUGCCUUCGCCACAGCAAAUCGUAUCCGCCUCGUUGUACGCAACACGGGACAUGACUACCUAGGAAAAUCAACUGGAGCAGGGGCGAUAGCACUUUGGACACAUCACCUAAAGGACAUUGAGUUCCUUGACUAUCAGUCGUCUUAUUACAACGGAUCGGCAAUUAAGGUUGGGGCUGGGGUCCAGGUUGGGGAGUCCAACGCGGCGGCCAGCAAGCGGAAUUUCACUGUCGUCGGGGGCAACUGUCGCACCAUUGGCCUGGCUGGGGGCUACAGUCAAGGCGGCGGACAUGGCCAGCUGGUCUCACGGUUUGGGUUGGCGGCUGACCAGGUUUUAUCUUGGGAAGUCGUCACGCCCACGGGGGUGUUGGUAACAGCGACUCCAGACAAUGAAUACUCCGAUCUGUAUUGGGCGUUAGCUGGGGGUGGUGGAGGCACUUACGGUGUUGUUGUCUCGAUGAUCAGCCUUGCUCAUCCAGAAAUGCAAACCGCCACCGCCGAACUCAUCAUAACCACCAACAGCACCACCAGGGCCGCUUUCAAUGAUGUCUUCGAUAUCUUCAUGAACAGCACUCUCGGUCCACUGCUAGAUGCCCGUGGCGCCAGCGUCUGGUAUAUCACAAGCGAGGCGUUCGAGCUCACCCCAAUCACCAUCCCCGGGGGCACCAAGAAGCAGUUGGAGGCGAUCCUGGCCCCCAUGCUGAAGGCCUUAAAACGCACCAACCUACCCUAUACCUACCAAAUAAGCAGCUUUCCUACCUUCUACACCAGCUUUGAGAAGAUGAGUCCAGUUGUCAAUGUGACCGAGUACAAUGUAGCCGGUCGGUUCGUCCCACGCCACGUGCUAGACCGCGAGCCGAGGACUGUAGCCAACCGACUCCGCCGCAUCGCCAGUUAUGGGGCAGCUGUAUCUGGGGUCUCAGUCAAUGCUUCGCUGUCCUCGCCUGGGCAGGCUAUCGCAAACUCAGUCAAUCCAGGCUGGCGUGAGGCCGCCAUAGAUGUCGUUCUUGGACUACCAUUAAGCCAAACAAACCAAUCCCUUGACGCCCAACAUAUGAAGACAACCACUGAUGUCCUCCUUCCAUAUAUCGAGUCGAUCACUCCGGGAGCCGGCGCCUAUUUAAACGAGGCAGAUGUCAAUCAGCCGCAUUGGCAGCAAACUUUCUAUGGUGAUAAGUAUGAGCGCCUACUUAAAAUCAAGCAAAAAUACGAUCCUAGAGGUCUUUUAUAUGCGGCAACCGCGGUGGGAAGUGAAAGCUGGGUGCAGCGCGAGGAUGGACGUUUAUGUCGGCGCUGA